AUGCGGGUGGAGAGCACGCACUGGCCGCUGCGCGCGCUGCCCUUCCCCGCCGUCACCGUCUGCCCCGGCCGGCGCGUCGUCGCCCGCCUCGCGCUGCCGCUGCUCGCCAGGGAGUUAGGAGAGGACCCCGAGUCGCUGAACGGCAGCCUACAGGAGUCGCUUCUGCACGUGCUGAGCGCGCUGUCGCUGUUCCGGUCUCCCAGCUACGAGGGCGUAGCCAGGGACCUGCUGGCGGCCGGGGACCCGCUGCUGCGCCGCCUGGCCGGGCUCAACGUCACCAGCCUCAUGCUGCAGGUAGGCACUGACCAGCUGGCGGAGCGUGCGGAGUCGUCUGCUGCCACACGGCGACAGCUCAGCUCCCCAGUGCUGCCCCGCUGCGAGGCGGUGUUCCACAAGUGCUUCUUCGAGGGCGCUCCGCUCAACUGCUGCCGAGAGAUGUCGCUGCAGCGAGCGCCCGUCGGCUUCUGCUACUCCUUCAACUCGCUCACGUCUGAGGCUAGGAGGCACUGCGACGCGAAGGACGCGCGGCUGGAGUGCGCCGUGCGGCGCGGCGCUGGCUCCGGGGACGCCACGGGGCUCGAGCUCUUCCUGCGCCGGGACGCCGCCACGCCCGACGGCGUGCGCCGACUGGACCCGCCGGGAGCCCGGGUGACGGUGCACGGCCCGCGGGACACGCCGGGCCCCGGCCUGGUGGCGCCGCAGUGGCCGGCGGGCGGCGCGCGCACCGUCACGGCGCUCUCGGUGGACGCGGCGUUCAUCACGAGCGAGGAAGAGCUGCGCCGCCUGCCGCUGCUCAAGCGCCUCUGCCUCUUCCCGGACGAGCGGCCGCUGCUCUUCUCGCGCUUCUACACGCGCGCCAACUGCAUCCACGAGUGCCUGCAAGCUGCCCACGCCAAGAAGUGCGGCUGCUUGCCCUACAUCUCCCGCGUCCCCUCAGUAAAAGUGGUGACGUCGGGAAACAAAGCGUUAGAGAGAUGGUUGGCGACAGGGGAGACGCGGCUCCCGGAGGCGUUGCCCCAGCGCUGCGGCCGCUGCCUGCCCGACUGCCAGGAGGCGGUGUACAGCGCGCGGCCGGCCGUCGCAAGGGACAGCAACCCGGCCGGCGCCACCGCCGCCGCCGCCGCCUACGUCGACGUCCACUUCUCGCAACCCUACGCCAUCAAGUAUCGCCGCGUGCUCACCUUCGACACGCGUCAGCUGCUCGUGUCGCUGGGCGGCAUCGCGAGCCUCUUCCUGGGCGUCAGCCUGCUGACCGUAGCCGAGCUCCUCUACUGGGCGGCCCGCAUCGCCGCCGCCACAGCCGCCGCUGUCCGCCGUCGCUCGCCUGGAGCCUCACCUGCUCCACCAUCUGCCGACAAUCCCUGCACCACUCGAGGCGCCUGUACGAGGCCGGCCGUAUGGUAG